GGGGCCGUGGAGUGAGGGUCUGGGGUCCCCCACCGCCGCCGCAGGAGUCCCGAUCCGUUCCCGCCGGGCCCGGGCCCCCGCCGAGCCGCACAACUUCCCGGGCGCCGGGGCCAAAGUGCGCGCAAAGUGCUGCCCAAGUUCCUGCGAUGGAGCUGCAGAGCCGGCCCGAGGCGCGCGCCGCCGAACUCUCCCGCCACCAGAACGGCGACCUCAAGAAGCAGCUCCACGAAAGGCAGCCUCGGAUCGCAGCGCUCGGCGACAAACAAGCUUUGGGAAGCAUCACUGCAGUGCCUGUCACGGGUCCUCAGGUCAGCUCCUUGCAGAGGUUGGCGGGACAAGGAGCGGCCGUGCUACCUCAGGUUAGGCCAAAGACUCUGAUUCCAGACAGCCUCCCCGUCGCCCCGGGCAGGGACCGGCCACCCAAGCAGCCCCCGACGUUCCAGAAGGGCACCGUGGUCAGCAUCAAGAACCCAAGCCCGGCCCUCCCCACCGCCAACAACACCGUCAGCCAUGUGCCAACGCCCGGCAGCCAGCCCCAGGCCCUCGCCGAGCCCAGCGCCAUCGCCUCGCCCCUGAGCGGCGCCGGGGUGGCCUACGCCAUCAUCUCCACCUCCUCUAGCAAUGCCGCCGCCAUCGCCCCCAGCUCCGCCGUGCCCAUGGUCAGUGAUGGCAUCAAGGUGCAGCCCCUCCUCCUCAGUGCCGACAGCAAGGUCAUCAUCAUCCAGCCUCAAGUGCAGACACAGCCCGAGAGCUCAGCGGAGCCCCGGCCACCCACGGAGGAGCCAUCUCAGGGAGCUCAGGCCUCCAAAAGGAAGAAGGAGGACCCAGCCCCGAGCCAGGAGAGCCCCGAGAAAAUCGCUUUCAUGGUAGCGCUCGGCCUGGUCACCACGGAGCACCUGGAAGAAAUUCAGAGCAAGCGCCAGGAGCGGAAGAGGAGGAGCACAGCCAACCCCGCCUACAGCGGCCUCCUGGAGACCGAGAGGAAGCGCCUGGCCUCCAGCUAUCUCAACAGCCCCCUGUUCCUCACAGCACGAGCCGAUGAGGACCCCUGCUGGAAGCGGGAGUUCUCACACGAUGAGCACUGCGCGGCCUGCAGGCGGGGAGCCGACCUCCUGCACUGCAGCGCCUGCCCCGACGCCUACCACCUCGGCUGCCUGCACCCGCCCCUCAAGACGGCGCCCCGAGGCGGGUGGCUGUGCCCCAAGUGCCAGCAGAAGGCCUUAAAGAAAGACGAGGGUGUGCCCUGGACUGGCAUGCUGGCCAUCGUGCACUCCUACGUCACCCACAAGACAGUCAAAGAAGAGGAGAAGCAGAAGCUGCUGCAGCGGGGCAGCGAGCUGCAGAGCGAGCACCAGCAGCUGGAGGAGCGGGACCGGCAGCUGGCCUCGGCCAUGAAGAAAUGUCUAGAGCUUAAGACCAGCCUGCUGGCCCGCCAGAGAGGCACCCAGUGUUCGCUGGACCGCCUCCGGGCCCUGCUGAGACUGAUACAGGGCGAGCAGAUGCUCCAAGUUGCCAUGACUACCGUGAGCCCCACCCCACUGCUGGCUGGGCCCUGGACCAAGCCCUCAGCUGCUGCCGUGCGCUCCACCGUCCAGCACCCCCAGGACCACAAGUGACCCCAGAGACCUGUCUACGUGCCCAUGGAAAGUUACCAGGGUCCUGCUCGUGUGACCUUGGGGUUCUGUCGGCCUUAAUUCACACACUCUAUGAAUUUCAGACAAAAAACCAGAUAGAGAACCAGGGAGAGAAGGGAGGAGCCAAGCAGGCAUCCCAGAGCCUCGACCGGGAGGGGUGUCCUGCACCUGCCCGCUCCUGGGGAUGCCUGGAGGCCAGGUGGGGUGUGACAGGCACAGGCGGCCCCCACCCUUGGGUGUUGGGGGGCCCGGGGUUCUGGCUCUCUCCACAGCCCCAUUCCACACUCACGGGAGUGGGGGCUGCCCGGAGAGGUCGGACGCUGCAGACCGGCUCCCCCGGCCACUGCAGGCCCCUGCUCAAGCCUCCGCGGGGAGGAACCUCGGGCCCUUAGCUGAAUAGUAGGGGCAGGGCGCAGGAGAAGAGGGUAGCAGUCUAGGUAGUCUCCAGCGCCCGCCCGCCUCCCCGCCCCGGCCGCCUGUCAGUAUUACAAGCAGCGGUGGAACCCGAAAGCCAGGAGGCCCGCCCACCCGUGGGCUUGCUCUGCCCUCCCUCGAUGCGUCUUUCUUAAGGGGUCUGGGGGCAGGACGGAGCUGCUGCACGUGGAGCAGGUGGUGGGCAGGCUUCCGCCCUGGGUUCAAUCGUUCAGCUGACCGUGGGAGCCCUUGGUGUCCAUUUCCAGAGCCGCUGAGUGUUGGGGUCUUCCCUUCUUGCCAGCACAGACUCGAUGCCAAAAAACCACUUUCCGUUUUUGUAGGGUGUACUCAGCUGUGAGGUGUUUACCAGGGAGCCCCGAGGUAGGAAGGGGAGCGCCCCACCCCUGGGGCCUGGCAGGUCCCAGAGACCUGGCAGGUUUUAAAAGGACCAGGAGAGAAAGCACAGGCCGAGGCCGAGGCAUGGUCUGGCCUUCAGGGACCUGAGAGUCCCCUCUCUGUGUCCCUCGGCCGCUCCCCAGGGCUCCUGCUUCCUGGGCGAGCUGCACCAGCCCCCCCUGCCCACCAGGAACCUGGUGCGCUGCCCCAGCCUAUCACAUGGUGCCGAACUGCAUUGAACACGCGUGUGCGGACGUGUGUUUGUGUGUGUGUGCACACAGCCCGGCCCCAGAUACACAUGCACGUGCACGCCCACAGACGCAGUGCAGCGCUGGGAGGCGGGGAGCCCGCAGCUGCCACUCAGUCCCUCUUGUCAUUUCCACGACUCCGGGAGAAACUGUGCUGUACAAUACAGAUCUAUUUUGAUACACGCCACACUGGUUGAACAAGAUUUUUAUAUUUUGUCAGUGAACAAAGUGAGCUGCGGGGCCCACAUCUUCUGCAUCGGUCACUCGGUACGCGACCUCCAGGGCUCCGGGCCCCUCUUGAGGGGUUUGCUUUGCUUUCCCUUGGAUGAUGGGAGCGGAUCUUUGCAGAUGUCGCGGGAGGAUGUGGAUGGUCGGAGCCGGAGGGGCAGCUGCCGACGUGUCUUGAGACUAUUAGUGUUUUGGAGCGGGAGGACCGUCCAGUGGAUAGUGAGGCUAGAGAGCAGUGUUUGUCUUAACUAUGCUGACGUAGUUUCCUUCUGUGCGAUGCAUUAAACUCCACUGAUGAUUUUAAA